AUGGGCUUCUCUCUUCCUUUAGGUCCUGCCCUGGGUGUCGGGGAUGGCGCCUGGCCUGAGGACCGUCUGCAGAUCGCUCUGCCCGGGGACCAACGGGAAGGGUUCCCAUUCCAGGAAGCGGCUCCUUUCCCGCCGUUUGCAUGCAGGUCCAGGUCCAAGUGUUCCCUGAAGCGGUCCGUGCUGCACGUGGAUGCGUGUCUGCUGGAGAAGAUGCUCGGUCCCAACAGAGCGCUCUUAACGGCGUUCCAACGCGAGUUCCAAGUCCAGCUCCAGAUGGGAGAGCCGGACCCCGAGGGCAAGGUUGAAGUCAGCAUCGUGGGGAGACAGUGGAACCCGAAGCGCGCCAAAAAGAUGAUUCAGAGCUUGACUGGGAAGUCCCAAAGGAAGCGGUACGGAGGUUUAAUGGGCCAGGUUGUGGGUGCUGCAGAACGGGCUGUGCUAAGGGGUCUUUAA